AUGGUUUCAUUGAAUUUUUUCUACAUAGUAUACGGCAGGAGCCUACAGAUCGAUAUACACGAUGAAACAUCUGGAUACUUCCAAACUCUGCUCGAUUUACUCGUCCAGGGUAACAGAGAUCCACACGAUGGUGUCAUUAAUCGUUUAGCUAAACAUGAUGCUUGGAGUUUUUCCGACAAGAAACUGUGGAAGUCUAACGAGCUUCAAUUUAAAAACAUCUUCGGCUUUCGCAGUUAUCUACAGCUUAGACAAACCUUCAUCGAGUUUUUCAAUCUUUGCAAUUAUGAUAUUGAAAAACGAAUCCAAGAGAUGGGAUUUUCUAGAGAUUUCGAGAAGGGACUUCUUCAAAUUGUGAAACGUGCCAAGUCGAAAAGUGGCUUCUUCGCCGAUCGCCUCUACAACAACAUGAACGACCCCCGAACUCUGACCCGCAUCAUAGUUUCCCGAAGUGAAAUCGAUCUUGAAGAUAUUUAA